AUGUGCUGUUCACUGCCUUUUUCCUUGUUGCAACCAUCCAGACUGAGAAUUGUGAACAACACCCUCCCCAAAAUCAGUCUGCGCUCCCUGCCGGGCUUCGGGCAUCAGGUGGACUUCAAGACGCAGCUGCUGGUAGAGAGCAGCGUGCCGGGCCAGCCACUCUGCCAGCAGGUGGAGGUGGAUGCGACCAUCCUGGUCCGGGACACGUGGACGCCUCACCAGAACGCUCUGAACUGCGAGACUGUUGACAUGAACACCCAUGUGAGACCCAGAGUGCCAGUUCUGGAAGAGCCUUUGAAACGCCUGCUCAGCAAUACCCUGAAGGAUCUGGGCUGCAACAUCAUCAACGCCAAGCUCAAGGUGUUGAGCUCCCUGCUGGGCUCCAGGAACCAGGUGCUCCCCCUCGGGGCCCUGGGGGACCUGCCCUCCUUCUCCAUCCUCAGUGGUGAUGCCAUCCAGGUGGAUCUGAACCUCCUGUCUGAGAAUGGCAGGGAUGGUGUGAUGCCCCCCACGCAGGAGCUGCCCCUCAGUGCCAGCCUGCAGCUGGCCACCGGCCGCCGGCCCCGGCUCAGCCUCUCCCAGGACACCCUCAGCGCCCUGCUGGAGCAGGGCCAGGGCCAGGGUGCCCUCAACCUGAGCAUCACCAGCCUGGCGGGCAGCAAUUCCCCUCUGCAAGGCCAGGUCACCCAGAGCAGCUCGCUGACCGUGUCUGCCCUUUUCCCCUUCAUCCCCCAGCUGCGUGUCCGAGUGAGGGAUGAGCCAGUGGUGGCUGUGAGGGAUGGAAGGGCCACUGUCACCCUCAGAGCCACUAUUGACGUCGCCAGCCCUGCCCUGCAGACCCCCCAGGGGCUCCUGUUCUCCGUCGAUGAGGACAUCGUUCUGAACAUCACCCCAUCAGUCUCUGAUGGCAAACUGCAAACCUCCCUGGCUCUUGACAGCAUCAACCCGACACGGUUCCCCCAAAGCCUUGAUGCUGCCAGUGCCUCCUCGCUGGCAGAAUGGCUCAAGAAGGUCCUCACAGCUGUUUAUGUACCUUCUGUUCAAGAUGCCCUCCGUGUGUCAGUGCCACUGCCCAACGUCCUCAACACCAACCUCAGGAACGCUGAAGUUGCCAUCACUGAUGCUCUUGGGAACAGUGCUGCCUGA